AUUUGUCAAAGUGACAGUUGCUUCGGUUCCAGAUUUAGUUGUUUAGGUUAUAAAAACAAACAAUUUUCUCCUUAUUUUUUAUUCUUAAUACGCAAUAAAAAGGUGUUUUGUAGUUAAUAAUGUCGAGCAAACCUAAUUCAAAGCGGACAAUAUACGUUGGUGGUUUAGCGGAAGAAGUAGACGAAAAAGUGUUGAAUGCCGCUUUUGUACCUUUUGGGGACUUAGUUGAUGUUCAAAUACCUUUAGAUUAUGAGACUGAAAAGCAUAGGGGCUUUGCUUUCAUCGAGUUUGAGAACGCAGAAGAUGCUGCAGCCGCUAUUGACAAUAUGAAUGAUUCAGAACUGUUUGGGCGCACAAUAAGAGUGAACAUAGCAGCACCACAGCGCAUCAAGGAAGGCUCAACCAGACCAGUGUGGUCCGAAGACAGUUGGUUGCAGAAACACGCCGGGGAGACACUGAAGAUCAAUAAGGAAGCGGAAGAUGGUAACAACAAGGAAAAAACUGAUGCUGAGAAAACUGUAGCACCAUCAAAACCAAUAGAGAAGCGUAACCCGCAGGUGUAUUUCGAUAUCAGUGUUGGCAAGCAGGAGAUCGGUAGACUGAUCAUGUUGCUCCGAGCAGACGUAGUGCCCAAGACAGCAGAGAACUUCAGAGCACUGUGCACACAUGAAAAGGGCUUCGGAUACCAGGGGUGCAGCUUUCACAGGAUCAUACCAGAUUUUAUGUGUCAAGGCGGUGACUUCACCAACAACAAUGGGACAGGUGGCAAGAGUAUAUACGGGCGAAAGUUCGAAGAUGAGAACUUUACUUUGAAGCAUACUGGCCCCGGGAUACUUAGUAUGGCUAACUCUGGACCCAAUACCAAUGGAUCACAGUUCUUCUUAUGUACAGCAAAAACGGACUGGCUAGAUGGCAAGCACGUGGUGUUCGGGCACGUGAUCUCUGGUCUCGACGUGUUGAAGAAGAUGGAGAGGUACGGGAACAAAACUGGCACGGUCACUGCUAAGGUGACCAUCAGCAAUUGUGGAGAAUUACAAUGAUUUGUAUAGAAUA